GUCGAUAGUUGGACCGGAAGUUUCAGAAUUAUCGUUAUUUGAUUUACAAAAUAAUUUUUAUUGUAUGAGCCUUAAAAAGGAACAACACAUUCACUAUUCGAAGUGAUGAAAUGAUUGUGCAAUACGGGAAUGAUUGCAGACUAGAACUAUAAGAACUGUGUAACAAAACCAUUCUUGAGUGAUUUGAUCACUGAUGGGGAAGGCUGAAUCAAUGCUCACAGACUGGAUAAAUGACAUUCUGACGAUAAUGAAUCAAUAUUUAGUGAAAGGACUUUUGACAUAGAAAAUAACAUGAAAAGAUUUAAACAAACAACAAGGAGCUGAUAAAAGUGAACGUGCAUUGAUUAUUUGAAGAGGAUUUAGUGAUCAGGAGUCCCCUGGCGAAGACUUAAGCAUAUUUUGAAAGUAAUUGCUCAAAUUGAUAAGAUUGGAAUUAUUUAUGUAAAAUCUGGGGAAAUAAAUUCAUGAUGGAGUAAAAGAAAUGAAUGUUUUAUCAGUGACAUUUUUGUUGGAAUGUUGGUCUGACUUUUUGAGGCUUUGAAUUUUUUUUUAUAAAUGUACAAUAUUUAGGAGUCACUGUGUUUAAAAUAGCAGUGUUCAUAUUUGAAAUAUUUUUAUAAGCAAAAUAACUGGAUUAAGCGUUUAUAAGGCAACAAUGUUUUCCGAGGAGUUGUUACGAAGUUUGCAACCUGCAUCAGUUUUACCUGUGACGAGAAAUAUGCCAUACACAUCUGCAAGUGUACCGAGUCGGAACCAACCUCGAAACAUGACUGGAAUAUAUCUUGGACUGGAGGGCAAUAUUAAUCCUCCACCCAAUAAAGGCAUGGGCUCUGUGAAGGUUCGCAAAGGAACGUCUUCAAAAACACGCACAACGUCAGAAGAUCGUAGAUAUAAAAUUGUAGAGGCCUUGAGAAUAAAGGAAGAUUGCCGCGGGUUUCGAGGAAAUCCUUUGAAGGGACCAGACAAUUUCUUGAAGAAGGUUCCAGCCAGCACCCCAACCAAUGACGAGGAGAAUGCACCUCCCCGGCAACAGCAAUACAGAAAGUGGGGACCGGCAAAGUCUGCUGAUCCCAAGCACUUUGAGGAUGUUAUCAGACAAAAUCCUCGCCAUUUCACGUCCAUAAUCAACAACGGCGUCACGCGGUCAGAGAACCUCACCGGUAUGAUGAGCUUCGCGGAGCAGUAUGGGUGGGACUUGACCAACACGCCCCUGACGGACACCAUCAUAGACGAGGUACAGAAGAUGACGUCUAUACGUGAUGAUCUGACGGGGCUAGAAGAGUGCUUUAAAAAAGUUUGUAAGGGUAACCCAGACUCGUUGCACAGUCUGCUGCCUUUACGAAAGGCCAUCGCCCGGCCAGGCAGCUACACAACAGGCUUCACUGUCAGGAGCUACAGGAACCCCAACCAGGCAGAGAUUCUCGCAAACUUUGAGGUCACUGGAGGUCACAAACGCCCCAAAACGGUUCCUGCAAACCUUGGUUUCCAACGACAACCACUGGUGCCUGCUCCAUACUUCUUUAAGCACUUCAACAAACCCAUGACUGCUGGCAGCAGUAAGAAGCAUGCGUCCCCUGGAUCUCAGUUUGAUGCAGAGACCUUGAACAUGAAUGGAGAGAAGAUAGUUGGUGUGGCGGGUAGUGGGGCGGUGUCACGGUCACUGAGGGUUGCCGGGCCCCGCAGUACCACAGCAUGGAGCGAGGAUGAUGCGGUCAGGAUAAGACGGAUUCAGGUGUCAUUACAUGGAACACCAAGGAAUGAUACACCGCUGAAAGAUUCAGACCGCUCCCAUAAUGUUUCAUCCCCGCGUCACGUCAACUCAGUGACAGUUGGUGGACCCUUAGAACUGCGCGCAGAGGGCUACCAAGUGGGAACCGGCGAGGAUCGAAAUCGCAACCAGCCUGCGCACAACACUGAGGCCACUGUAAACCAGUCUGGUCCAAGUACUGGGCGUUCAGCACGAAUCACCACAAACAGUCCAGUGAUGGAUGCUCCGCAGAAGGGGGUUGUGGGUAAUGGAAUGAUCAGGCUCGAUCUGGAGACCGAGGAUGGGAAGAAGCAGGAGAUCUACAUUGAUGAUGCAGAUUCAGCAUGCGACCUUGAGAAAUUGAAGGAGUCAGAAGCCAGGGUUGCCUCUUUGCAGGAAGACGCUAAGCAGCGCAAACGGGAGCUUGAACAGAUCCUGGUCGAGCAUCAGGAAAUCGUGAAGAAAAUCGUUCGUCAGACGAGUCAUGAAGAUGGCCAUGACACAUUCCAAUCUGCAAGCGAAGAAUCGCGACACCAGUGACCUUGAACUUUAUUAUAGUGUCCAGCAAUAGAAUGUGUUGUUGUACUAAUUUAUUGAUGGAUGUGUUGGGAGUAUAUUGUUUAGAUGAUAGUUCUUUUCCAGUAUUGCAUUUUUGUUGUGUUUUACGACAAAAUAAGAAUGCACAGGUGAAAGUGUUUUCAGCAUUUAUACUGAUUUCAAUAUUCUUACAUUAUUAACAACUAAGAGUUCAGGACAUUGAAAACUGGAUGUACGCAUGUGUACUUUUAAAAAAUUCUGUACUUGCCCCAACAACUUCUUAUUGGGGGCAAAACUGUAUACAUGUACCUGUACAAUUACUUAUUUUACUUGUAAAGAAUGUGUUUCUUCAACUAGGGUAUUAUGAAUAUUGGGUCAUUGUUUGAAAAUAUCUGUGCUAAAAAAUAGUAAUAAGUAAAUAUUUUUGACAUUCUCUCUGGGAAAAACGUGGUUUGUGCAUGUGCGAAAAGUAUCGUCCCUGAUAAGCCCAGGUAGUACUAUCAGGCUAAUCAGGGACAACAGUCAUUUUGCUUUUGUGGAAUUUUUCAUAUAAAGAAGUAUCUUUUAAACCACAAUCCAAUCUAGGCUGAAAGUGUCAUCCCUGAUAAGCCGGUUCAGACUGCACAGGCUAAUCUGGGAACAUACUUUACACACAUGAAUUAAGCCUAGUUUUCCCAUAGAGCGGUUCAUUAUCUGUUUUCAGUUGGCUAGAUAAGUAUAAGGAUCAUUUUGUACUUUAUUGUAUUUUAUAAAUAGCUUGUUAUUGCAAUAAGAACUAUCUAGACAACAGGUCCAAUUAAAAACUUUGAAACAUUUUCUUGUAAUAUAUAGGUUACAUUUAUGUUAUUUACCUUGACAGCCAUCAUUUCAGCAUAUGCAUCAAGAUGACUGAUAGUGUAAUCUUGCAAGUGACAAAUUAAUUGCUGUAACACUUGCUGCUAAAUGGGUAAUGCAUAUAACUGAAGGUUUAGCAAUAAUUAUGAAAAUGGUCUUAAUUACAUUUUCACUGUUAAAGUUAUAAAGCAGCAAAUAAUACCUCUUAUAUUUUAUCCCCAUGUUAAAUGGCCGUGUUGAUACAUGUAUAACAAUACAGUUUCAGUUUAAACUGUCAUUCUUGAACUCACUGCAUGUCCUCUCUCAAAACAGGGAACACAGGGUGUAUUUUCAUGAUGCCUUUCGAUAUUUAUUGUCUUUGUUAGUUAGCCAUUUCCAAAACACAAAAUGCAAACAAUUGAUGGGUACAGUUAAAAUACCAGGUUAAUGUCAAUUACAGAUGAUUUCUUUAAUGAUUUUUAAUAAAAAGACUGCUUUAGUUGGCAUGUAAGCCUGAAACACUCAACAAUGCUCAUGGUUUAGGUAUUGUAAGCCUCUCCUAGAUAAACACUCUUUAUUCAACACCAACUUUGUAUUCUCAUGUUUGUUGACAUAUUUGAUUGUACUUUUUGACAUGCUGUAACAUAUAAAUAUACAUGCAUGUACCGUAAUCACUCUUAAAGCUAUUAACCAAACAUUACAAUUGGUACCAUUACUUUUCUGGGUUUUACUUAUAGUGUCUAUUUUCACAAUCUAUACUAACAGUUAUGUUUUAUCAAAGAAAAAAUAUCAUGUUUUGAACUGAUGUGUCAAUUACAAUAAUGUGUGUAUGGUCAUAUGAAUAUUAAAAAAAACAUGAUGAUUAAUAAACUAUUUAUAGAUUAUAAUUUCUUGAAACAAUUAUGUAUUAUUUAUGUUUUUGUUUAUUAAUCAACAGACUUUAUGCUUGUUAACUUAAAGGAUGCAGAGAGCAUAUGAAGCCCUUUCUGUCAGAAAUUAAAUCCAUCAUGAUUAUAUGUUAUUGCUCCCAGUUGAGAAAAUUCAAGUCUGAGAUUUCUCAUAACAUUUACUGGAAAACUUUGUCAAGGAAAUGUAACUAGGUAAAGUGAACAGGAUUUCUCCACAUUUAUAAGUGCAGCAUCAUGCAAAAAUGCGACUUCUGCUAAUGUGGCAUGGGUAGCUCCAGACCAUGCAGUCUGCAAGACUAAUGUGGCAAGGGUAGCUCCAGACCAUGCAGUCUGCACAUUUGCCCAGUCUGCUCAGGUGCUACCUGGUAUGUUAACCCUUUGCAUGCUGGGAAAUUUGUCAUCUGCUAAAAUGUCGUCUGCUGAAUUUCUUAAAUUAGCAUUUUCUUCGAUUUUUUUUCAAAGAAUACUAUCAAAAUAGCAAACAGUUUGGAUCCUGAUGAGACGCCAUGUUCUGUGGCAUCUCAUCUGGAUCCAAACUGUUUGCAAAAGCCUUCAAAAUUUGGUUCCAGCACUGAAAGGGUUAACAUGACCACAAAACCUUGUGUGACUUUAUAGCGGACAGUGUAGCCCCUGACCAGACAGCACAAAUGGGCUUGCUGGUUCCAUUUUAGCAUGGCGCAGCUCAUCUUUCCUAUAUAGUCUCAAAAGUUUAUUUUGGGUGAUUAAAAUAAGUCUGGGAUUCUUUUAAUAAUCUGUUUAGUCAUUAUUCAUUACUGUUUAAAUUACUGUUGUUAAGAUGCAACCAUGAUACAGAUAAAUAAAGCAUUGUCUCGACAAUGUUUAGUUCUUUUGCUUGCAUGCAAAACAUACAUUUGUUCAUUGCCAAUCAAAAUCUAAAUCCAUUGCAAAGUACAUGCACAGUGCCAUUAAAACUAAACAUAAUUUGAUAAAUGCAUCUUAUACUGUUAGCUGAUAUUUGCGUGUUUUUUUUAUAUAUUUUGGUUAAUACAUGUUUAAUAUUGUUUGUAACACUUAUAAUAAAUACUUUGUUUUUGUUUUUAGAUCAAUUGGAUUAGGUUGAUGUUCAGAUAUCUUGAUGAUUAUAGGGAUUCAUCAUUUACUUGCUUUCUUUUUUAUGUGUAUUUAAAGGCCACUCUGAUGAAAAUUUACCAGCACAUGCCUUGGUGUGGUCUACCUUUGACACAGAAUUAUAGACUAAUUAAAAAUUUAAUGUUAAAAAACAAAAACAUUUUUAGACAUUUGUUUAAAGUUUUAAGACAUUUAUUUAUCGAUUGAAAAUGUGACACAAUUAAAAACUAGUUUCAAUUCAGCAAUGAUACAUAUCUAACCUGGGUAGAAACGUUUAUCAAUGAUGUAUUUUUGUUUUUGAUUUAUGUCAUUUUAAACAGAUUUUUGUAUUUUCUGGAGCUUUGACAGCAGGUUUUUAUAUGAAAAUAAUGACAGAUAUCUGUCAUUUUCAACUUGUGUACGAAAAUGUACUGUUUAAGUUUAACAUGUAUAUAACAAUAUGAUAAAACUAUUACCCAGCAGGUACAUUAGGUGAAAGUUAUCAUGCUAUAAUAUCUUUAUCAUGUACUUCAUGUGUAUCUUGUUCACAACACAAUUCUUUCAUAGUUUGUUUAAUAUUUUGUAUGAUCAUGCAAAUUGAUAUUUGACUUAGACAAUUAUAGCAGACAUGAAAAGCUUGAAAUCUGAUAAACAAAUAAAAUACACAGUUAUCAUGUUAUCCAUUAUAUAGAAAUUACAACAAUUUGUAUUUGUGUGAGUUAUAACUUCAGUCAAGUGAUUUGUUUCGUUACACUUAUAUGGUGAAAAAUGAAUAAACCACAUGUUAAAGAAUUUCUAUUUUAUUGGAUGAAAAAUAUGGGUUAAAAUGUUUGUGAAUAAGGUUCAUGUAGAUAUCAUGAGCUCUUCUAUAGAAUGGCUCAAAUGCCAUACUAGUGUAUCUUGUUUGUAAGAGUCAAGCACAUACAUCAGUUUUGCAUUCAACUGUGUUAUUUUGCUUUAAGCUGUUUGCUGUAUAUUAUUAUUAUUAUACCGGAUUUAUAUAGCGCCCUUUUCAUGCAAGAGUGCACGUUCAAAGGGGCUUUACAUAAGAACAUUUGACGUAUCGCAGAUACGCAUACAUUGUGCAACACAGUUUCAAAAGAAAUCGAUCAAAACUACUCAAUUAUACUAUAAAACUACUUUAUUACCUCUACUAGGUAAGUAAAAACAUGCACAGUAACCCUACAUUAGAAAGAUGAACAAGACACUAUAUAACUACCCUGUGUGUAUUGCUAUAAGACAAUUAAUGAAACAAUAAAAUCUAAAACUUAAACAAUAAGUACUACGUAAAAAAAAAAAAAAAAAAUAAAAAAUAAAAAACAUGCACAGUAACCAUAGAUUUGAAAGAUCGGCAAGACAAACCAGAGACAAGACAGAAACAAGAGUAUAUACUGAAUGAAUUGCAUGUGAUCGUGUUGUUACUUCAUUUCUGUGAUAGUAAGAGAAGUAUUAGUUCUGUUAAAUUGUCAUAGGGUACUUUGAUGUAGUUCAAUAACAUUAAAGUAAAUACCUUAUGCUUAUUUUUAAAUUGUGGUGCCAAAAUCUUUGAACAUACAUACGAGCCUGUCUCUGGGAAAACAAGACUUAAUGCUUGUGCGUUAAGACAGGCUUAUCAGGGACGACACUUUCUGCUGUUAUUGAAUUUUUCGGUUGUCCUACCAAAAAAAAUUCCAGUCAAGGUGAAAUGUAUUCCCUUAUAAGGGUGUUCGGACUACACAGGCUAAUCUUUGACCACACUACGCACAUGCAUUAAGCCCAGCUUUCACAGAGCACAGCGUAUAAAAACAUGUCUCAAUCAGGUGACAAACCAAAACAUGAAAAUAAUGUUGUUUCAGUGUUAAAUCAAUUAGUUUUUUUUACACAACUGCUUGAAGAAAUUAAAAUAAUCUGUUAGAGACUAUUCAAAAGUCAAUGUCUUCUUCUUACAAGUCGAUGAACUAUUAACAGGGACUAUUCAAAAGCCAAUGUCUUCUUCUUACAAGUCCAUAAACUAUGAUUUAUAUCAGCAAUAAUUAUAUUCAACAUUUUGCUGUACAAAAACCUCAGCACAAAAAAGCCAGUGACUACAAGGGUUUUUUGUGUUUUAGGGAUUAUCUCAAGUCUUAUAAUAAAUGAAAAUUAUUUUUGCUUGCUUAAAAAAAUGUUUCAUUGGAUUUAUUCUUUAGAAGAAAUGUACAAAAAUAGCUACCUUUAUGUAAAAAAAUUGAUAAAUAUUGUUCUACUCACAAACAUAAUUGUGCCUUAUUGUUAUUUUGUUAAAAUUAAUUAUUUACAUGCAAUUGUUACCACUGUAUUAAUUUGUGAAUUUUGAAUAAGAUAUCAAACUUGGAAUGGAUAUCAUUUUGGUGAUUAUCACACAUAAGACUGUAUCAUGAUGUGUUUGAUUGUUAUAUGUUUUCAAUAGUGUUAGUAUAUUCAACUCUUUUCCAUGAAUUCUCUUUAAGUGACUUUUUUAUAAUUGGCCUAGUAUUUUUUAUUUGUGUUCAUGCAUGCAUGGGUAAGGUUUCAGUUUUAGGGAAUUUUUUUAUGCAUACACAUAUAAAACUGUGUUAAAAUAUGUCUAAUGAUGCAAUAAUAUAUGCAGAUGUCUAUUUGCGACAUAAGUUGUAAGAAUUAAUAAAUCCAACAAGUUAAAUUUUAUACAAUGCAAUGUGUUGAAUAAAGCUGUUUAUUGCAAAUUCACAUAAUAGUUUUUUGUCGCAUUUCCUUUUACUUUAUUACAAGUAAUUAAUCAAAAUUGCACAUUUUUCUACAUAUUGAACUGGUAUAUUAAUUUAUAUAAUUGUCCUUGAAAAAAUUAAUUUAUUUGUUUGAUUUAGUCUCGUGCUUCAGAUUCAUGAUGUCACACUUGUAUGUACUCUUAUUGUUCUACUUAACUGUCAUGUUCAAUUCUAAACAAGCGGUAAUAAACAUUAGAUAUAAUUUU